CUCUGAGGCCAUUUUCAAAACUACAUUUAAGUUUCCAGUUGUUUUAAUUCAAAUUGGCAAAACGAUGGCUCAAAGCAAGAGUGCCGCUUAUGAUUAUCUUAUAAAGCUUCUUCUGAUCGGAGAUUCUGGUGUCGGCAAAAGUUGUUUAUUACUCCGUUUUUCCGAUGACUCCUUUACUCCCUCUUUUAUUACUACUAUUGGGAUCGACUUUAAAAUUAGGACGAUCGAAUUAGAUGGAAAACGAAUUAAACUUCAAAUUUGGGAUACUGCUGGUCAAGAACGUUUCCGCACUAUUACGACAGCCUAUUAUCGUGGUGCUAUGGGUAUACUUUUAGUAUAUGAUGUCACUGAUGAACGAUCAUUUAAGAACAUAAGGAAUUGGUUUUCCAAUAUAGAACAACACGCUAGUGAGGGUGUUAAUAAGAUUCUCAUUGGAAAUAAGUGUGAUUGGGUUGAAAAAAAGGCGAUCACGAAAGAACAAGGUCAGGCACUUGCAGAUGAAUUUGGUAUUAAAUUCUUGGAAACUAGUGCUAAAGCAAAUAUCAAUGUUGAAGAGGCAUUCUUUACUUUAGCUAGGGAUAUUAAAAAGAGAUUAAUCGAUACACAUGCACAAGAACAACAAAAUACUCAUAACAAAAGACUUGAAUUGGAUAACAAAAAUACUAAAUCCAAUUCAGGGUCAAGUUGUUGUAACUAAGUUGUCAUCAUCAUAAACAUUUAGUUUGAGCGUUGACUGACGAAAGUAAAUUCUUAAUUCUGUGUCAAUUUUUAUUUUAUUUUAUUUUAUAUAUAUCCUUUUAGCGCCGCUUGUUAGUUUGUCUUAAUUCAUUCAUCCUUAAUAAUAAUGAGUAAAUUUUCUAUUUAUUCAAUCGAAUGGAAAUAUUCUUUGAUUUUGAUGUUUUUGUUAUUGUUUUUUAUAAUUUAUUACUAUAUUAUUUCCCCUACCCUAUAGUGAAACUUAUUUUAUUUUUGAAUGAAAAUUGAAAAAAAUGAUUGUCAUUUUUAAUAUUUAAAAUUUUAAUAAAUUAAUAUAAAAUAAGCCGCAAUCUAUUAAUAACGUAAUAUAUAC